UUUAAUGAAAGAUUAUUACCCUUAAUUAUGGAUUAAGGGGAUAGUCAAUAGCUGUACAGUGGAACCAGUAAAAAACCACCAAUCUCUAGAAAAACCAAAAUCAAUACCUUCCCCCAUCUCCUCUGGUGUAAUACUACUACUACUUCCACUCCUCUUCCUCUCCUUUCAUUUCCUUUCUCUUCUUUAUCUUACGGAGGGAGGAGUACCUUUAAACGCCGUAACGGACACUUCCUUAAAACGCCGUUACCUACCCGACGCUUUUGACUCGUGUCACGUGCCUUUCUUAAUAUUAUAUCCCUUUCAUUUAAUUAUGGUUUUAGAGCAGCAAUUAAACUUAGGACAGAAUACCAUUGACGGCCACCCCACUAACGGCGUUGACAUUCGCCCGCUAUCCAUCGAUGGCGGCGAUGACGGAAGCAAAGCCCCUAGGCUGCCUCGCUGGACUAGGCAAGAGAUUCUUGUCCUCAUUCAAGGGAAGAAAGUUGCCGAGAAUCGGGUCAGGAGGGGCCGGACGGUCGGAAUGGCUUUUGGCUCCGUUCAGGUGGAACCCAAGUGGGCAUCGGUCUCAUCAUACUGUAAAAGGCAUGGUGUGAACAGGGGACCAGUUCAGUGUCGCAAGAGGUGGAGCAAUUUAGCUGGCGAUUAUAAGAAGAUAAAGGAAUGGGAAUCUCACAUACGAGACGAAACAGAAUCUUUUUGGGCGAUGAGAAACGACUUGAGGAGGGAAAAGAAAUUGCCGGGAUUCUUCGAUAGGGAGGUUUAUGAUAUUCUGGAUGGAGUUGGGGAUGUUUCUGCCGUGGUCCCAGGACUCGCCCUCGCUCUGGCUCCAUCGAGAGAGCCGGCGGAGGAUGUGGAGGCGGUUUUCGAUAGUGGGAGGAGUGCGGCGGCUGAAGAUGGGCUAUUUUCUGACUUUGAGCAGGAGGAGGCCGGUGGGAGCCCAGAAAAGGAGCCAACUGCUGCUGUUUCUGCUGCUAAGGAGGUUCCACCAAUAAAGGCGGCAGCGGCAGCGGCAGGAAUUGCUGCUCCUAUACCCCUUUCAGAGAAGCAGUACCACCCAGCUCUUGAAGCAGAUGAAGCUCAAGGUACAACAAAUGAGAAACAGCCAACUUCCAAUCCUGAAGGGGGUUCGGCAUCACAUGAGAGUCGGAAACGGAAGCGGUUCACAACUGAUGGGGAUGAAGAAGCAAUCAAUGUCCAGAAUCAGUUGAUUGAUAUCUUGGAAAAGAAUGGUAAGCUUCUGACUGCUCAACUCGAAGUGCAGAACACCAAUUUCCAGUUGGAGCGGGAGCAGCGGAAGGAACAUGCAGAUGGCUUGGUUGCUGUUCUUAAUAAGCUUGCCGAUGCUCUUGGGAAAAUCGCUGAUAAAUUGUAGCAAAAGGCAAUCUGAAGACUGUACAUAAUGAAGCUCCUCUCUUAGUUCUAUACAAAAUAGUUGAGGUUGAAGUAUUGGUGACUUAAUUUUGAAGAAUUCCUCUAGGACCACAUUCAAGAUGGAAUUUUACAUGCUCUUUUGUUUUCUCCCA